GAGAGAGUGAGAGAGAGAGAGAGAGAGAUGUAUUUACUGUACACUCUGUCAACUUCUCCCAUUUACUGAAAAUAGGCUGUUAUUUAAAAGAGAGAGAGAGAGCGAGAGAGAGAGAGAGAGAGAGAGAGAGAGAGAGGAGGUAUAAGCAUGGGUACUUAAAUGUUAUUUAAUAUUAUGGAAGGAGUCUUCAGUGUCAGCACUUUGGAAGAGUGUAGGUUUUCUGCCAUGAGAAAAGUCUUCAGGACAGAGGACUUUCGGUAACACAACUGAACGAGCUGCAUUUUAUCUUCAUAAGGAUGAAAAAUAAAUAAAACAAGAUGUGCUGUCUUUGGAAAAUAAUCAUCAUCAGAGUGAAAAUACUCCUCGAUUUCCCAGAAUUAUUAUAAGAGCAAAAAGGCGACUGAAUCUGGAACGCCAUGUUCAAAAAGCACAUUUGUGUGUGUGUGUGUGGUAAGGUGUGCACAAACUUUUGUCCAUAUAGUGUAUUUUGAGCAGUAAACAGAUCCAGGUACAGAUAAUGGCAUUGUUUAACAGCCCUACAUCCCAUAAUGUGCACAAUAGCAACUUCCCUGUCGAACACUUCCCAGUUUAACCGCACUACACCAGUUAAAAGGUCUCUUUAACGCUUGACACGCAGAAGACUAGCGACGCUGUGAUUCAGAGUCUUUUAUAGAGCAGAGAUGUCUCAGACUGUUUCCGAAUAUGUGAACAAGGCUAAGGAGAGAGGAGAGCGCAUCGAGAAGGUGAUGGAACUCUAUGAGAGAGGAGAUGCUGUUAGACCUCACAAGCCCGAAACCGAGACGGAGGAUGCCAACACGAAGACUCAACACGCAGGACUGACCACUGCGGGGGACAGAUGUUACAGACUGGCUGUUUUGUGUGUGCUGCUGCUGUGUCUUCUCCUGCUGAUUGCUACCACAGUGCUGUGGAUCGAAUUCACCAUCCUGACUACAGAAAAAGACCAGUUACAGUCCACAUACACCGCUCUUAUAAUAGAGCAAGACCGGUUACAGACCAGUUACAAUAAACUGAUUGCAGAGAGAAAUCAUUUACAGUCAAGUUACAUGAGAAUGACUUUAGAGAGAGACCAGUUAGAGGACAGAAACAACAACCUGACGAUAGAGAGAAACCAGUUACAGAGGGAGAGAGAUGGAUACCGGAGUACACUUGAUCUGUGUUAUAAAGGGAGGUGUUUCAACUUUGACUCCAGUUUUUACUGCAUGUCUAAUGAGGAGAAGAACUGGGAGAAGAGCAGACAGGACUGCAGGGACAAAGGAGCAGACCUGGUGAUCAUAAACAGCAAGGAGGAACAGGAGUUCAUCAGUAAAAUCCUGAGCAGAAACUCUUGGAUUGGACUGAGUGACAGAGACACAGAGGGCAAGUGGAAGUGGGUGGACGGUACACCGCUGAACACUGGGUUCUGGGGGAAAGGAGAACCCGACAGUGCUGUAGGAGAUGAGGACUGUGUUGUAAUUCAUGAUCACACUGAUCCUGUCUGGAACUGGUCUGAUUAUCCCUGUCAUUAUCAGAUCAUUUGGAUCUGUGAGAAGACAGUCGUUAUCUAAAUUACUGCAUGUGAUUGAAAAGCAGUAAAUAAGUUGAUAUUUUUAUCUGUGUAGGUCAGUGUGUUGUGUCUGAAAAAUCCUCAUUACUGUUAAUAACUCUGUCACCUCCAUGAUGUCACCUGAUUUUCUUUCUGAACCGAUUUUCCAUGCUGUGUUUUUUUUUUAAUGAACAUGCAAAAUAACAGUGUGUGCUCGCUCCAGUGCUAUUCUGUUACCUGUUGAAUAAUGAGUCAUACUGUUAAAUUAAACCGAAUCAAGCAGUGAUUAAUAAUAUAUUGGAAAUAUACUAAGUUCCUAUCAGAUGUUAAUUAGGUUUCUGAACUUGGUAACAGACUAAUUGAUGUUUGUUUGUUUUUUAGAGAAACUCGUGAAAAUAAUGUAUAAAAGUCUCUGAUCUUACACUUUUACGUGUGUCUGGUUUUAAAGGAGUGUUUAUUAAAGCAGCACCAGUUAGAACACAUGAGUGAAAAUCAGCUUUAUACAGCGGCUUCUACCAGCAAAUAUAUAACAUGGACAGUAGUGACUUUAUAAAUAACUCACUCCCUAUGAUUCUAAUAAGGUGUCGUAGAUGGUGUAUGACCACAGAGUCAUAACAAGAAGAACAGGACACUGGAAUUACUGUUUAACAGACUGAUUGGUGGAUAUUUACACACCAAGCGCGUUGAAUAUAAAACUGUACCAUUUCCGUUGGGGAAAUCUCUCUACCUCUUCACAUCACAUCACCCCGUUGUUGAUGAUUUUACGAUAACAGUAAAUCUUCAAGUGUUUUAUUUCUCUUAUAUCACACCAAUUUGCCAAUGUUUACAAUUUAUUAUU